AUGGAGACAGAGGUCAAUAAGCUGGACCUGAUGUUGCAGAAAACUGGCUCUGAUCUAGAUUACAUUCAAUACUGGCUGGAAUAUGAAAUCAAGUCUAAUCAUCCUGAUUCCAUAGGUGAAAAACAAUCCAAUUAUUCAAAGGAAUUGUCAGCAAUAAAGUUUCAAUAUCAGACUUUGCAUGCACACUUUAAACCAGUUGCAGUUGAGCAGAAAGAGACUAAAGGCUACAUUUAUGCUACUGUGAAAAAGACUAUGAUGGUGAUACAAGAACUCCAAAAGCACACAGACCUGGAGCUGUCACCACUGACUGAAGAAAAGACAAGUGUGGCAGAGCAAUUACAAUCUCCUAUACCACACUUGUGA